CCAGCCACUUCCCUGCCCUGUACCUCGUUUUCAAUCGCGGCGUGGAAACGGUGGGUCUUUUCGCCUUUCCGUCCUUGGUUUCUCCGUCCUCUCACCUAGAAAUGGUCUCCCCUUUCCCUUCUCCUCUCCGCCCCCGUUCCCUCUCGGAACCAUCGACCCCUCGAAAUUAAACCAAGCUCCCCUCCCACCAAUCCACCGGUCAAUGGCGGCCGCCGCGCGCUCCCUCUUCGCCCCCCAGAUCUCCGCCAAACCCUUCAUCUCUCGGUCCAAUUCCGGCUUCCGUGGCUUCUCGCUUCCCCGUUCUAUUCAUGGGAGUUGUAGAGCUCGUGCUGGAUUCCGUAUCCGGUCGUCAUUGCUGGUGGAGACCGAGCAGACGAAAGCUCCUUCCUUGGAGGGGUUUGAAUUCGAUGUGGUUUCGGAGGCGGAGCUGAAGAAGAGGGGGUUCAUGGGGCUGAGGAAGACGAAGCUGGUGUGCACGGUGGGACCAGCGUGCUGUGGCGAGGAGGAGCUGGAGCGGCUGGCGCGGGGAGGGAUGAACGUGGCCCGGCUCAACAUGGGCCACAACACGAGGGAGUGGCACCGGGAGGUGAUCAGGACUAUCAAGAGGUUGAACCAGGAGAAAGGGUUCUGCAUCGGAGUGAUGAUCGACACCGAGGGGAGCCAGAUGCACAUGGUCGGUCAUGGGAGCGCCUCGUCCAUCAAAGCUGAGGAUGGAUCUGUAUGGUUAUUUACUAUAGAGAAGUUUGAGGGUUCUCGUCCUUCCACAAUUCAAGUGAACUUUGAAGGAUUUUCUGAAAGUGUUCUGGUGGGAGAUGAAAUAGUCAUAGAUGGUGGGAUGGCAACUUUUGAAGUCAUUGAGAAGGUUGAGAAUGAUUUGCGUUGCAAGUGCACAGACCCUGGCCUGCUGCUACCUCGAGCUAAGUUAUCGUUCUGGAGGAAUGGGAAACUUGUGGAGAUGAACUCUGGGCUCCCGACCUUAUCAACAAAGGACUGGGCUGACAUUGAGUUUGGAAUAUCUGAAGGAGUUGAUUAUAUUGCUGUCUCAUUUGUAAAGGAUGUUAAUGAUAUCACCAAUUUGAAGAGUUAUCUUUCCACAAGAUCAUCACAGUUCAUUAAAGUUCUAGCGAAGAUUGAGAGUUUGGAAUCUCUCAAGAAUGUAGAAGCCAUUGUAAAAGCUUCUGAUGGGAUAAUGGUGGCACGUGGUGAUCUUGGAGUUCAGGUUCCUCUAGAACAGAUCCCAACCAUCCAACAGGAGCUUACUUAUCUGUGCAGGCAGUUGAACAAGCCUGUGAUAGUAGCUUCUCAGCUUCUUGAAUCCAUGGUUGAAUAUCCGACCCCAACGCGUGCUGAGGUUGCAGAUGUUUCCCAAGCUGCAAGGCAGCAAGCAGAUGCCUUAAUGUUGUCAGGUGAGUCAGCAGUUGGAUCAAAUGCAGAAAAGGCUCUGUCAGUCUUGUGCAUGGCUAGUGGAAGAAUGGAAUUAUGGAGUCGUGAGGAAAACCGGCAAAACCUUCUGUUCCUACCUCAACUUGCAGAGACCUUGCCUGAUCAGAUUUCCGAGCAGAUUUGUAACUGCGCUGUGGAAAUGGCUAAUAACCUCGGAGUUGAUGCCAUUUUUGUGUACACAAAGCAUGGUCACAUGGCAUCACUUCUGUCGCGCAACCGUCCAAACCCUCCGAUUUUCGCAUUCACCGACAAUGCUAAUGCCAGAAAGGGUAUGAAUCUGCACUGGGGCGUCGUCCCACUUGAAUUUCCAUUAUCAGAUGCCAUGGAAGAUAAUUUUAAAGAAACAGUUAGUCUUAUGAAGCUCAGAGGUACUGUGAGACCAGGGGACAUGAUUCUGGUGGUCUUUGACUCUGAUGUUAGCUGCUUAUCUGCCAGACCGGCUGUGUCCCAAUCAAUUCAAGUCCGGAUCGUAGAUUAGGGUGUUUGUUUUUCACUUCAAUAUGUAUUGAAUCAUCUUGUUUUUCAGCAACGUAAAAAUAAAAACAAAUGACUUGUUGGCGAGAAGUGAGAAUAGUUGUAUUUUUACCAGGCAUCCAAUUGUAUCAAGGAAACCUGAGCCAUUGUUUUUAUUGGAAUCUCUAUGUGUGUCUAAAAUUCUAAA